AUGUCCGGUGCUGCUGCUGCUUCCGCUGCUGGUUAUGACAGACAUAUCACAAUUUUUUCUCCAGAAGGUCGUCUAUUCCAAGUUGAAUAUGCUUUCAAAGCUACAAAUCAAACAAAUAUAAAUUCUCUCGCCGUUAGAGGGAAGAAUUGUGCGGUAGUAAUAAAUCAAAAGAAAGUGCCUGAUAAAUUAUUAGAUCCAGCCACUCUUUCUUACAUUUUCCCAAUUUCUAGACAUGUUGGUAUGCUAGCCAAUGGUCCAAUUCCCGAUGCCAGAAAUGCCGCACUAAGAGCCAAAGCAGAAGCUGCGGAAUUCCGUUAUAAAUAUGGUUAUGAUAUGCCAUGUGAUGCAUUGGCGAAAAGAAUGGCUAAUUUGGCCCAAAUCUACACGCAAAGAGCUUAUAUGAGACCGCUUGGUGUAAUACUUACUUUUAUCUCCUUUGAUGAAGAAUUAGGACCUUCCAUAUACAAAACUGAUCCCGCUGGUUACUUUGUUGGUUACAAAGCUACCGCUACUGGCCCAAAACAACAAGAAAUUACCACGAGUUUAGAAAACUACUUCAAGAAGAACAAUGUUGAUCAUUUAGAAGAAGAGUCAUGGGAAAAAGUUGUUGAAUUUGCCAUAACUCAUUUGAUUGAUUCAUUAGGCACUGAAUUUACUAAGAAAGACUUAGAAGUCGGGGUUGCCGUAGAGGGCAAAUUCUUUGUGUUGAAUGCUGAUGAAAUUGAGGAAAGACUAGUGGCUAUCGCUGAAAAAGAUUGA